UGUCCCAGAGGGAGGAGCUGAAACCCGAAGCUCUCCGCCGUGAUUGGAUCCUCCGCCCCGAAGCCAGGGGAAAAGCCCCGCCCGGCGCGGGCGGCCUCAGUUCGUGCGGAGCCCGGCGACCUCGCAGGCGCCGGCCCGUCGCUGCCGCACCUGAGCCGGCCGCUCGGCCGCGAUGCUGUAGGGCCGGCCCGUCCUCCCCGGACCGUUACCCGCCCGCCGGCCGCCGGCAAGAUGCCGCGCUCCUUCCUGGUCAAGAAGCAUUUCAACGCCUCCAAAAAGCCGAACUACAGCGAACUGGACACACACACAGUGAUUAUUUCCCCAUAUCUCUAUGAGAGUUACCCCAUGCCUGUCAUCCCACAACCAGAGAUCCUCAGCUCAGGAGCCUACAGCCCCAUUACCGUGUGGACUGCGACGGCUCCGUUCCACUCCCCACUGCCCAGUGGCCUCUCUCCUCUCUCGGGAUACCCUUCAUCCUUGGGGCGAGUGAGUCCCCCUCCUCCAUCUGACACCUCAUCCAAGGACCACAGUGGCUCAGAAAGCCCCAUUAGUGACGAAGAGGAAAGACUACAAUCCAAGCUUUCAGAUCCCCAUGCCAUUGAAGCUGAAAAGUUUCAGUGCAACCUAUGCAAUAAGACCUAUUCAACUUUUUCUGGGCUUGCCAAACAUAAGCAGCUGCACUGCGAUGCCCAGUCUAGGAAAUCUUUCAGCUGUAAAUACUGUGACAAGGAAUAUGUGAGCCUGGGUGCCCUGAAGAUGCACAUUCGGACCCACACAUUACCUUGUGUCUGCAAGAUCUGCGGAAAGGCAUUUUCCAGACCCUGGUUGCUUCAAGGACAUAUUAGAACUCAUACUGGGGAGAAGCCUUUUUCUUGCCCCCACUGCAACAGAGCAUUUGCAGACAGGUCAAACCUGAGGGCUCAUCUGCAGACCCACUCUGAUGUAAAGAAAUACCAGUGCAAAAACUGCUCCAAAACCUUCUCCAGAAUGUCUCUUCUGCACAAACAUGAGGAAUCUGGCUGCUGUGUAGCACAUUGAGUGAUGCAAUCAAUGUUUACUCAAACAGAAUGCAUUUCUUCACUCCGAAGCCAAAUGACAAAUAAAAGUCCAAAGGCAUUUUCUCUUGUGCUUACCGACCAAAUAAUAUGUAUAGGCACACACUCAUGCACACAUGCACACACACACACACACACUAAGAGCUGCAAGAGCACGGAAUCCAUGUGUUUAAAGUUAAUCCUUUCCAUGUGAAGUUUAAAAUGACUAUAUAUUUACUGACAGCUAUACUGAGAGAAUAAAAAACAAGAACCUUUCUCUUCAAAGACUAACUGAAAAGCACAUUGCAUCUUUUCUUACUAAGAAAGAAUGCAAGGAUUUACAUUGCUGCCAAAUCAUUUCAACUGAAAAGAACAGUAUUGCUUUGUAAUAGAGUUUGUAAUAGAAUUUCCUAUAGGAAGAGAAUCUGCCAGACGCUAUCUCAGGUGCCUUAUAAAGUAUUCCAAGUUUACUUCAUGACAUGUCCGAUGUCUGGUUGCCAUUGUCAAACUAAAGCUUUUUUGUUGAUUACCUAUAAUGCUUUAAAGUGUAUUUUUAAGAGAGAGAAAAAAAUCAAGAAACACAGGAGAAUGUAUUAAAAAUAUUUUUGGUUUUUUUUUUGUUUUGUUUUGUUUUUGCCAAUAAGUAGUAUGUGCCUUGGGGGAGGAGGGAAAGACUAGCUUUGAACAUUCCUGGUGCAUGCUCCAUGUCUUACUUUUUAAAAGAACUUUAAUGAUUUUCUAAAGUUUAUUAAAUAUGGGAAUAAGUGCAAGAGACAAUUCUUAGAAAUUCAGUAAUGUACUUAAACCAUUUUAAAUGCAUACCACAAAUGCAAUAAUACGACACCCCUUCCAAGUGCCUUUUUUUUAAUUAAUUGUAUAGUUGAUGAGUCAAUGUAAAUUUGUGUUUAUUUUUAUAUGAUUGAAUGAGUUUUGUGUGAAAGUGAGAUGUUGUCUAUAGCUAUGUCUAUAAACAACCUGAAGACUUGUGAAAUCAAUGUUUCUUUUUUAAAAAACAAUUUUCAAGGUCUCUUUUUUACAAUAAACAUUUUUGAUUUAAAA